ACACAUACGACAUCCGGAAACACCCUUAUAAGGUGUUUGGUGGACCGGGUGAGCGCAUUGGAGAAGAAUACCGUAUUCUUCACACGAUCUUGCUACACCGGGGACAUAAGGUGUCUAGAGCGUUUGAAGGAAUAUUUGUCAAAGGUCGAAAAAAACAUAUGGACGUUAAAAAUUUAGGCAAGGGGAUGGAUUUUCAAGAGGAUCUGCUGUACGUGACAGAAGACUACAGAUGUGCAGUUGUCAUGGUCAAAACAACUGUUUGCGGUAAACAUCGCACGUAUGAUCUGCGAAUCAGGGGUGCUUAUAUUGUACUUAAGCCUCCGCCUAAGUGCCUCGAACACUACCUGAAAUUCGAGAAGCAUGGGACAGUAGUUUAUGAGAAAAACUGCACAGAUAUACUUAAGAGACAGCAAAAGGCGGGCUUGUAUGAACCACAAAAUGAUCGCUGCGGAAAUCGCCUACACUGAUUGUUGAAUGCAUUUGGAACAUCACAAACAUCCACACCUGCUGGUAUAAAAGCUCUGCUACUUGUUUUGAACACAGCUUCACUUACGAAAA